AUGUGUUCACAUGCGCAUAUUGCCGUUUACUGCGAAGAUAGUUUGAUGGUGAAAGUCGCAGCGCUUCAUUAUUUCAGCGAUCCGAGGAAUCCAUUUUUCUCGUUAGAAAACGACGUGGACGAUGAGACAUUUCUGAGGAAUGCGCCAGUCAGAGCUCUUCCCGCUGGACGUUAUCAAAAUUUUAACAAUGACAUAACGCAGAAACGUCAACAAUUGCUUCAACGUAAAAAGGAGAUUGAAGAACGCACGAUACAGUCUUCGGAAAGGUCCGUCUCGCUUCUGAGAGACUCUGAACAAAUUGGCGUAGCUACAGCCGAGAAAUUAAUCAGACAAAGAGAACAAUUGCAAAGAACGGAAAAGAGAUUAAAUGAUAUUAAUAGCACGUUAAGAUUUAGUCAGAAACAUAUACAAGGCAUAAAAAGCGUCUUUGGCAGUUUGAAAAAUUAUCUCAACGGUAAAUCUUUGGAUGCGUCAAUACUGUCCACAAAAUUAUCAGAAUCAUCCAGUUCUGAGUCCAUAACGUCUCCCGCACUGUCCAAUACAUUAGAACAAGUACAAAGUAACAUUAGCAAUUCGUAUUCGCCUACAAAAAUAAAAGAAAAUUACAACGACAACAAUCUUGAAGAUGUUAGGCCUGCUGGCGACAGAGUAACCAAAGCUUUAGAGCAAAAUUUAAGUGAAAUAAGUGGCUCAUUAGCGAGACUAAAGCAUUUGGCAAUUGGUUUAUCCGAAGAAAUAGACUCGCAAAAUGAUCUGAUUGAUAAUAUUAUCGAUAAAACUGAAAGAGCGGAUAUUCUGUUACAACAGUAAAAUAAAGACAUGUUACAUUUAUUGAAGAAAUAAAUUAGAAAACUGUCAUAUCACAGAUUAAUUUGUAUUGUUAAAUCUGGGAUGUAUUUAGGUCGUGCAAUUAUAUUAUGUGGCACAUUUUAUAAAAUUUUUCAAAAGAUGAUUGCAAUUUGUAAGAUGAUUGAAUCUUUAAAAUAUAAUAUAAUGAUAUAAUAGUAGAGAAUGAUACAUCAUCCUUCAUGGGGAAAGUAUCUAUUUUUUGAUGAUUGUUGAUAUUAUUAUAUA